AUUCCACCCGAUCCAUACACGAUUACCCAUUUUCUUCAUGUAUAUAAAGUAAACAUAACAGCUCCCUUUCUCAUCCAACAAUCAAACAAAUACUUUCUUUUUUUCUCUGAACUCUAUAAUUAUACCUUUUGCUUCUCUUCAUUGUCCAUGGCCGCCAAGUUCUUGGCAUAUUUGGUCGUCGUCGCCGCCCUCUCCAGCGUCGCUAAAUCGGAUCCCGAUCUCCUCCAGGAUAUCUGCGUAGCCAACGUAUCUGCAGGAGUCAAGGUGAAUGGAUUUGCAUGCAAGAACGACGCAGCCGUAACCGAAGCCGAUUUUUUCUUCAGCGGUCUAGCUAAACCUGCGGUCAUCAACAACACCGUGGGAUCGGUGGUGACCGGAGCCAAUGUCAUGCAAAUCCCGGGGCUGAACACCCUUGGAGUGUCGCUCACUCGCAUUGACUAUCUCCCAGGUGGACUUAACCCGCCCCACACUCACCCGCGUGCCACUGAGAUCAUCUUUGUUCUCGAAGGUGAAUUGGAUGUAGGGUUCAUCACUACAGCCAACAAGUUGUACACCAAAUCUAUUAAAAAGGGUGACGUUUUCGUGUUCCCCAAGGGUCUGGUCCAUUUCCAGAAGAACAACGGUCACCAGCCGGCAUCGGUCAUUGCCGGGUUCAAUAGUCAGUUGCCUGGAACUCAGGCCCUUGCUGCUACCUUGUUCGCUUCAACUCCGGCAGUGCCUGAUAAUGUGUUGACCAAGGCGUUCCAAAUUAGUACAAAGGAAGUCGACAAGAUCAAGAGCAGGCUUGCCCCUAAGAAGAGUUAAAACAGAGGUGUUCUGUUUCUUUGGGAUUGGGUGAUGUAACCUAAUUGCAAAAAAAAAAAAAAAAGUUGAUUCUGUUGUAAGGCAAUGGCCAUGUUAUCAUUUGAAUCCAUCUGGUUUAUGUUUU